AUGGAUUGCCAUGUAUUACUAUGUAUUACCAUGCAUUAUCAUGUAAUGCCAUGUAUAGCCAUAUACUGCCAUGUAAAGCCCUGUAUAACCAUGUACUGCCAUGUAUUGCCAUGUAUUGCCAUGUAGAGCCAUGUAUUGCCAUGUAUUACCAUGUAACGUCAUGUAUAGCCAUGUACUGCCAUGUAUACCCAUGUACUGCCAUGUAUUACCAUGUAUUACUAUGUAUUACCAUGUAUUACCAUGUAAAGCAAUGUCCUGCCAUGUAUACCCAUGUAUUGCCAUGUAUUACUAUGUGUUAACCAUGUAUUGCCAUGUAGUACCAUGUACUGCCUUGUAAAGCCAUGUAUAGCCUUGUACUGCCAUGUAUCGCCAUGUACUACUAUGUAUUACCAUGUAUUGCCAUGUAUUACCACGUAUACCCAUGUAUUGCCAUGGAUUAGUAUGCAUUACCAUGUAGUGCCAUGUAUUACUAUGUAUUACCAUGUAUUACCUUGUAUUUGCAAGUAUUGCCAUGUAUUACCAUGUACUGCUAUGUAUAGCCAUCUAUAAUCAUGUACUGCCAUGUAUAGCCACGUAUUGCCAUGUAUAGCCAUGUAUAGCUGUGUACUGCCAUGUAUAGCCAUGUAUAGCCAUGUAUAGCCAUGUAAAGCCACGUAUAGCCAUGCACUGCCAUGUAUUGCCAUGUAUUCCCAUGUAAUGCCAUGUAUAGCCAUGUACUGCCAUGUAUAGCCAUGUAAUUGCCAUGUAUUACCAUGAACUGCCACGUAUAGCAUGUAUUGCAGUGUAUUACCAUGCAUUGCCAUGUAUUGCCAUUUAUGCAUGUAUAGCCAUGUAUACCCAUGUAUUGCCAUGUAUUACUAUGCAUUACCAUGUAUUCCCAUGUAUUACCAUGUACUGCCAUGAAUAGCCAUGUAUUGCGGUGUAUUACCAUGUACUACCAUGUAUUGGCAUGUGUUGCCAUGCACUGCCAUGUAUUACUAUGUAUUGCCAUGUAUUACCAUGUAUAGCCAUGUACAACCUUGUAUAGCCAUGCACUGCCAUGUAUAGCCAUGUAUUGCCAUGUACUCCACGCAUUACCACAUACUGCCAUGUAUUGCCAUUAAUCCAUGACUGCCAUAUUUUGCCAUGUACUGCCAGGUAUAACUAUGUAUUAGCAUGCAUUGCCAUGUAUUACCAUGUGCUGCCGUGUAUAGCCAUGUAUUACUAUCUAUUAGCAUGUAUAGCCAUGUAUUGCCAUGUAUUACUAUGUAUUACCAUAUAUUGCCGUGUAUAGCCAUGUACUGCCAUGUAUUGCCAUGUAUUCCCAUGUAUUGCCAUGUAUAGCCAUGUAUCGCCAUGUAUUACCAUGUAACGUCAUCUAUAGCCAUGUACUGCCAUGUAUUGCCAUGUAUACCCAUGUACUGCCAUGUAUUACCAUGUAUUACUAUGUAUUAUCAUGUAUUAUUAUGUACUACCAUGUAUUGCCACGUAUUACCAUGUAUAGCAAUGUGCUGCCAUGUAUACCCAUGUAUUGCCAUGUAUUACUAUGUGUUAACCUUGUAUUGCCAUGUAGUACCAUGUACUGACUUGUAAAGCCAUGUAUAGCCUUGUACUGCCAUGUAUUGCCAUGUACUACUAUGUAUUACCAUGUAUUGCCAUGUAUUACCAUGUAUACCCAUGUAUUGCCAUGGAUUAGUAUGCAUUACCAUGUAGUGCCAUGUAUUGCUAUGUAUUACUAUGUAUUACCAUGUAUUACCUCGUAUACCCAUGUAUUGCCAUGGAUUAGUAUGCAUUACCAUGUAGUGCCAUGUGUUACUAUGUAUUACCAUGUAUUACCAUGUACUGCUAUGUAUAGGCAUCUAUAGUCAUGUACUGCCAUGUAUAGCCACGUAUUGCCAUGUAUAGCCAUGUAAUAAAUAAUAAUAAUAUUUAUUGCUUAUAGCGCGCAAAUUAACAUUCGAAUAUGAUCAAAUGCGUGUUACAUCUAAGAUACCUAGAAACUAUAAACAAAAGAAAAAGAAAACUAUAUACAUCAUAUAAAAACUAAAAAUACAUCAUAAAAAAAAUAAAUUACAUCAUAUUAAAAAUAAGAUAAUGAGCAACUAAAUUAGAUAAAAUUAACAGAAAGCCAUACGAAACAAAAAAGUCUUAACCUUAGUUUUAAAAUACUAAUAUAAUUAGGAGCUAGGCCAUUAAUAGCUUUAAAAAUUAAAAUUAACAUUUUAAAUUGUACUCUCUGUUUUAUGGGAAGCCAGUGAAGGGAGCGGAGCACCGGAGUUAUGUGAGAAAACUUUGCUGGUCCAGUUAUAAGCCGGGCUGCUGCGUUUUGAACUCGCUGAAGUUUGUUUAAAGAGUUGUCCGGGGGUCCACAUAGCAAACUGUUACAGUAAUCAAUUCUACUUGUAAUCAUGGCAUGUACUAAAGUCUUAGAGGUGUCCGUUGUAAGAUACUUCCUAAUUCUCCUAAUGUUAUAAAGCUGAGAAAAGGCAGGUGUGUAGGUGCCAUGUAUAGCCAUGUAUAGCCAUGUACUGCCAUGUAUUGCCAUGUAUUCCCACGUAAUGCCAUGUAUAGCCAUGUACUGCCAUGUAUAGCCAUGUAACUGCCAUGUAUUACCAUGUACUGCCAUGUAUAGCCAUGUAUUGCAGUGUAUUACCAUGCAUUGCCAUGUAUUGCCAUUUAUUGAUGUAUACCCAUGUAUACCCAUGUAUUGCCAUGUAUUACUAUGCAUUACCAUGUAUUCCGAUGUAUUACCAUGUACUGCCAUGAAUAGCCAUGUAUUGCGGUGUAUUACCAUGUACUACCAUGUGUUGGCAGGUGUUGCCAUGCACUGCCAUGUAUUACUAUGUAUUGCCAUGUAUUACCAUGUAUAGCCAUGUACAACCUUGUAUAGCCAUGCACUGCCAUGUAUAGCCAUGUAUUGCCAUGUAUUCCACGCAUUACCACAUAGUGCUAUGUAUUGCCAUUUAUCCAUGUACUGCCAUGUUUUGCCAUAUACUGCCAGGUAUAACUAUGUAUUAGCAUGCAUUGCCAUGUAUUACUAUGUAUUACCAUAUAUUGCCGUGUAUAGCCAUGUACUGCCAUGUAUAGCCAUGUAUUGC